AUGGACUCGGAGAUUAAAAACCAACUACAGGACUCCCUUGGUGGGAAUGAUGAUAGCAAAGAUGACAUUACUUGCUCCUCAAAGUCAUCUCCCACAAUGGCAGCAUCUAGUGUCAGAGAACGCAGCACCAGUCCCGAAGGGCCACCGCCACCUUUACCCCCGCGUCCGAAUACUUUAAAUUUGUUGGACGAAGGGGCAUCAUCUUCUCGGACUCUUCGGCAAUCAACUCAAAGUGCCUUGCAGUCCAGAGCUACUACAGCAGUAUCCCUGACAGACAUUGCUUCCCAUGAUGGUGGGAAAGAGAGUUACCCUGCUCGCGGUCUACCCGGGACACUGAGGGCUAAGGCAAGUCUUAGUCACCUGGCUAGUCCAAGAGGCAGCGAUACUGCUGAUUCUGCAAGUGUCAAAAGCUCUGUACCGCAGACGGACUUUGGUGAGGUAGAGAAUGUCUUCAGUGACUUUGUCGCCACAGAGUCUGGACCCAUGCAACAUGAUAGCACAGGUCUGCUCCAAUUUCCGGAGUUCCAAGCAGACGAUGUAGAUGAUGAUUUUACAGAAGAGUUUGAACCUGUUGGGGAUGUUGGAGACGAAGGAGAGAACGAGGUCCUCGAGAACUGGAAGUCCAAGCGGAAACAUUAUCUUAUCCUAUCUGCUGCUGGAAAGCCAAUAUGGACGCGACAUGGCGAUGGUGGUCUGAUAUCCACGUAUAUCGGUGUCAUCCAGACCAUCAUAUCGUUUUAUGAAGAUUCGCAAGAUCGUCUGAAUAGUUUUACCGCUGGAGAUACGAAGUUCGUCAUUGUAGCUAAAGGACCGCUCUACUUAGUGGCGAUAAGUCGGAUUCUCGAAAGUGAAACUCAACUUAAGCUUCAACUAGAAGCUUUGUAUAUGCAGAUCUUAUCGACCUUAACCCUCCCUUCUCUAACACAUCUUUUCUCAGUGCGACCCUCUACCGAUCUCAAGAGACCACUACAAGGUUCAGAAACUCUAUUGUCUACAUUGGCAGACAGCUUCACGAAAGGUUCACCGUCUACCCUCCUUUCGGCAUUGGAGUGCCUAAAAAUCCGCAAGGCGCACCGCCAGACAAUCAAUAAUGCCCUUCUUAAAACUAGAACUAACAGCCUCCUCUAUGGUCUGGUUGUUGCAGGCGGUCGGCUAGUUAGCGUUGUACGGCCAAGGAAACAUUCACUCCAUCCUGGUGAUCUACAACUGAUUUUCAACAUGGUCUUUGAAGCAGAGGCUGUGAAGGCUGGGGGUGGGGAGAGUUGGAUUCCUGUCUGUUUACCCGGCUUCAAUAGCAGUGGCUACCUCUACAUGUAUGUCAGUUUCGUUGAUCUAAGGGAAGAUGCUGGCAACGUUGCGGAUGACACGGCGACGAAAGAAGAGUCCGUUGCGGUCAUCCUAAUCAGUACAGAUAAAGAACGGUUUUUCGAGUUACAAGAGAUGCGGAACUCCUUCAUUGAGCAACUGGAAAAGGACGGCAGCCUCAAAAUCAUGAAAGAAGCCAUUGACAAGGGCCGACCAAAGACGACCGAUAUUGUGCCAGGGACAGUCUUGCAUCAUUUCUUGUACAAGUCGCGAGGAAACGUGCAGUUCACCAUGUCCUCAUAUGAACCUGAUUUCUCGUCUGUCUCUCGACGUCGGAGACUAAUGUCGACAUACAAUAACCUCCAUGCUAGCAUCCAUUCCAAGCACGCUCAUGUUCGAGUCCACCAUUGUGUCUCACAAUCCUCAACCUCACUCGCAUGGGUAACUCCGGUUUUCCAACUCUACUGCGUCGCUGGUCCGAACGCCAAUAGGAAUGCCUUAGCUCACAGUGCGAGCAAAAUUGUCCAGUGGGUUCAACAAGAGGAGGAGAGGCUGUUCAUUAUCGGCGGUGCGGUCUUUUGA